AUGUCGCCUCCACGCGACUCGUUGGAAUUUCCCACUCGGAACAAUAAUCUUCUGGGCAACAGUUCCGCUGGACAUGCUGGAAGCCUACUUAAAACUACAAAAGUAUACUCAAAACGUCUAUCUAUGCACUCAUUGGACGCUAUGAUCACAAGCCUGAUCAACUGUGCGACCAGUUUCCUCGCCGGCUUUGUUGUAUUCUCGGUGCUUGGUCACAUGUGCUUCAAACUGAACACGAGCAUGGACAAAGUGGCUGUGGUCGGUCCAGGACUGGUGUUCGUCGUGUACGCCGAGGCGAUUUCCACCCUCAAUGGCUCGACUUUCUGGGCCAUCAUAUUUAUGCUGAUGCUACUCACUCUUGGACUCGAUAGCACGGUACGUUCUCGACGACCAGAUCGACUGUCAUGGCGAGCAGCAAGUUGA